GCAACGAGGCAUUACGGUUUGACGAAGACUUUGAGCAGUACGCCCACAUUUUCCGGUCAAUCUCCCACCCUCUCCUGGAGAGGGUCGAAUGGUGAUGACGUGAUUGCAGGGAGGGGUUGCGCCAUUUUGAAUGUGGACUGGAGUGUGGGAGUAUAGCCCCGGGAGGGAGUGUAAAUGAGUUUGAGAGACAGCCAGAGAGGAUAGAGAGAGUGAGAGACAGGCGAGAAAACCCCAGCUCUUCAGCUCCACGAUUCUGGCUCAUCUUUCAGGUGGAACAGGUCUCGUAAACCCACACCCGGCAAAAUAACCAAGACCGGGGUCCGACAUCGAGACUGAGAUUCCCUGUCUCGCCAUGGCAGGAGCCGGAGGCGGGGCCAAUGACGUGCAGUGGUGCUUCUCCCAGGUGAAAGGAGCCAUCGAUGACGACGUAGCUGAAGCUGACAUCAUCUCCACUGUGGAGUUCAACCACUCAGGGGAGCUUCUUGCCACGGGAGACAAAGGAGGCCGUGUGGUCAUCUUCCAGCAGGACAUAGAGAACAAGAGUCAGCCUCAGUGCCGUAGUGAGUAUAAUGUUUACAGCACCUUCCAGAGCCACGAGCCUGAAUUUGACUACCUGAAGAGCCUGGAGAUCGAGGAGAAGAUUAACAAGAUCCGCUGGCUGCCCCAGAAGAAUGCUGCCCAGUUCCUGCUGUCCACUAACGAUAAAACCAUCAAGCUGUGGAAGAUCAGUGAGAGAGAUAAGAGACCUGAGGGCUACAACCUGAAGGAGGAAGAUGGGCGUUACAGAGACGCCAACACAAUCACAACACUACGGGUACCCGUGUUCCGGCCCAUGGACCUGAUGGUGGAGGCCAGCCCACGGCGAAUCUUUGCCAACGCACACACUUACCACAUCAACUCCAUCUCCGUCAACAGCGACGACAUGACCUACCUGUCUGCCGACGACCUGCGCAUCAACCUGUGGCACUUAGAGAUCACCGACCGCAGCUUCAACGUUGUGGACAUAAAGCCGGCCAACAUGGAGGAGCUGACGGAGGUGAUCACGGCAGCGGAGUUCCACCCCCACCAGUGCAACACCUUUGUCUACAGCAGCAGCAAGGGCACCAUCCGCCUGUGUGACAUGCGUGCAUCAGCGCUCUGCGACAAGCACUCCAAACUGUUUGAGGAGCCAGAGGACCCAAGUAACAGGUCGUUCUUCUCUGAGAUCAUCUCCUCCAUCUCAGACGUCAAGUUCAGCCACAGCGGACGCUACAUGAUGACCCGAGACUACCUGUCCGUCAAGAUCUGGGACCUCAACAUGGAGAACCGGCCAGUGGAGACUUAUCAGGUGCAUGAGUACCUGAGGAGUAAGCUGUGUUCACUGUAUGAGAACGACUGCAUCUUCGAUAAGUUUGAGUGCUGCUGGAACGGGAACGACAGUGUGGUGAUGACGGGCUCCUAUAAUAACUUCUUCCGCAUGCUGGACCGCACUCAGCACCGCGACGUGACUCUGGAGGCGUCGCGGGAGUGCAGCAAGCCGCGGCAGGUGCUGAAGCCGCGGCGCGUGUGCGCCGGCGGGAAGCGCAAGAAGGACGAGAUCAGCGUGGACAGCCUGGACUUCAACAAGAAGAUCCUGCACACAGCCUGGCACCCGCAGGAGAAUGUCAUCGCCGUGGCAACCACCAACAACCUCUACAUCUUCCAGGAGAAAGUGAACUAGUGCUGUCAGUCAUUUAUCCACACUCGUCAGUCAUUCAAUCGCCAUUGUCGUCAAUGGGAAAAUACAUCAAUGCCAUCAACCUUCUUUAGAACGAAAGACCGGAAAAUAUUUGCGGGAAAAAAAAGAAAAAGUGAAAAAAAAAAAAUGCUGUGACCACCACCAGCCAUCGCAUACCCACCAUGACGUAACCCCUGGGCGGGACAAACUGGCAAUGUUUGAUGACGUAUUAGUUUGGCGCCUGUGUGUGCCCGGUUCACACCCUUGUUGGUUGGGCCCGUUUGAGGGCUCUGAGGCACCCAGACACACACCUCGGUCUGGUGAUGUUGAUGUGCCAACCUCAGUCUGUACCAACUACCCACCUACCCUCUCACACACCCAACUGCCCCUUAUUAACCCACCUACCCCCUCAUCAACCCAACUACCCCCUCUUACACACCCAGCUACCCCCUCAUCAACCCACCUACCCCCUCAUCAACCCAACUACCCCCUCUUACACAUUCAGCUACCCCCUCAUCGACCUAACUACCCCCUCACACUCCCAGCUACCCUCUCAUUAACCUAACUACCCCGUUACACACCCAUCUACCCCCCUCAUCAACCUAACUACCCCUCUCACACACCCAUCUACCCCCUCAUCAACCUAACUACCCCUUCACACACCCUUGCAGAUCCCCGAGUUCAGAUGAUCCCACCCCACCAUCUGAUCUCAGCUCUGCUCUGGUUUGGCUCUGUGUUUUGUUCCGCUCUCCCAUGCUGUGAAUGAAAUGCAGACCCCUCACAGAUAAGAUGAGCUCCUGCUCCCCCUCCCGCCCCUCAUUGUUUGUGCCAUUGCCAUUGUCUUCUGUUGAAUUUGUAAAACUGCCAAUUUGUUUAAUGUUAAAAGUUCUGUCACAAACAUUAGCCCCGUGUUUUUUCUGUUUCGGUUUUUUUUUCUGCUCAUUUUAUAGUUCCGUCAUCUUAAUUGUCAAAACCCUUUCUAGCGUUCCCUGUAUUAAAACACACACACACACACACACACACACACAUAUAGAAGGAAAUAUAUAUCGUCAGGCAUUUCUCCCAAAAAAAACUGGUGUGAAACCAGCUUGGACUUUUCUCCAUGCUACCCCUAGGAAUGGAAGUACUUGUCAUACCCACAGAAGUGUGUGUGUGUGUGUGUGUGUGUGUGUGUUAGUUUGCGUGGUCGGGGGGCAAAAUUGUGACCCCCCCUCCAGCUCAGAGUGAACUGGACUCAGUACCGGAUCUGCCGGCUGUGGACUCGCUCACAUGAACACUGAAGUGGGGCAGCUCGCAGAAGCCCCCCCACCUCCCGCCCCUUCUCUGUUGGUCUGAUCCAGGAAGUCCUCGCUGCCAUAUGUGACUUACUGUAACCCUCUCCCCUUCUCUGAUGGUCUGAUCCAGGAAGUCCUCGCCGCUGUACGUGACUUACUGUAACCUCCUCCUUCUCCCCAUUCUGUAUGUUUUCUUCUUUUUCUCUAGAUGGAGAGAAAAUGCAAGUCAGGAAAGAAGCACAUAGAUAGAGAUUAUGAUGAUAAGAAAAACAAAAAAAACGGUAUUUAUAAAUGGAACAAACAUUAAAA